AUGUCAAGAACGAUCAAAUUGUCCGAUGGAAAAUCUAUUCCAGCCAUUGGAUGGGGAAAUGGUACAGGUGGACUCUUCGGUAACCAUGAUCCUGCUAUCACGAGUGGUGUGCAAGCUUUGAAAUCUGGCAUCUCUCAUAUCGAUACUGCAGAAGUAUACAAGACUGAACAAGCUACGUAUGAAGCGUUGAAACAGGCUGGCGUUAAAAGGGCAGAUGUCUGGAUCACAACCAAGAAUCUAUCUCCUGAUAUCGAGGUCGUUAAAUCUAAUGUGCAAGAAAGAAUCAAACUAUUAGGUUCCAAGCCUGAUCUCCUUCUCAUCCACUUCCCUACUGUGCCUCAACAGGGUACAACAAGCCAAUUUUGGACGAUCCUGGAAGAUCUAGUGUAUGACGGUACUCUCGAAGGAGUGAGUUUGGGAGUCAGUAACUUCCGACCUCAAGAUCUUGAGGAUGUGUUAAAAGUAUAG